UGCGAGAUGCAACACGCCCAUAUUCCCUGUGCUAAAGGCGGAUGGAGUGCGAUGGAGGAUGGUCCAGGACCUCAGAGCCGUGAAUGAACGCAUUGAGGACUAUCCGGCGGACGUCCCACAUGCCAAUGUACUGAUGACCAACAUCCCGGCGGAUGUGACAACGUUUUCCGCCAUCGAUCUGGUCCAAGCAUUUUUCACAAUACGAGUGGCUCCCGCAACAGAGGGGCUUCAAGAAGUCAGAUGGGAGCCCAAUCCAGCACCUAAAACAGAUUCAGUUGCUGCUAGCAGCUAUGAUGCGCCCAAGGACACUGGCAAUAUGCAAAUGCAAAGCACACUGCAAGGGACAGGACUACAUUACCCUAGGGAAUGCACAGGCAGAUGAGGCGGCAAAAGAAGCGGCAUUAGAGGCUAGGAAGUUAAACAAAGCCCCUAAAUCCCCACAGGAUAACGAGCCACACCAAAUACUGCUUAACAGGGCAAUGCACAGUAUGCCAUGCCCAACAAAAUGCCCCUACCCAUACAACAUGAGCAUGUGGUGCUCCCAGUGGUGCGAUGAUGACCACGAGCACCGGAUAGAUCCCAUGUGUUGUGCACUGUGCCAGAGGGCAGCCUGUCCUGAGUCCUGGGAUAAGCCCUGUGAGGCUAGGUAUCCGCCAAAUUUAGUUGACCAUUUUUUUGCAGACGAUAACGCAGUAAUAUAGGCCCCAGUCACUAGGACUCUACCCGAUGGACGAACGCUUAGAAUCGCAGACCCCUUGCUCCAGACAAGCGUCGUAAAGUUAGCACAAGCCGCGGCGCCAGAUGCUGAAAAAAUUUUAUGGAAAGAGAGAGGCGCGUCAAAAGGCAGGUAUGGGCUGUGGAGAAGCCAUGAUGGAAGGGUGGUGGCCCCAAAUUGCUUCCUUGAUCUCCUCAUUCAUGAUGCACAUGAUGUAGAUCAUUGCGCAAGGGGGGAGGUCAAGCGGCAGAUACUUGACAAAGGGUUUUGGGCCCCACACCUUCAAGAUCGCAUUAAUUACGUGUUAAGAAAUUGCCGUACCUGUGCCACACACAAUUACAGAAACAACAUAACAAUAGGCAUAGGACCACGGCCCCUGGGACACGUGCCAAUCCCAGAGGGACCAUUCAAACAUUUGGUAAUGGACUACAUCGACAUGGGACGAGAAAACAGUGAUUCGAUUCCUGGCAAGGGAAGUGAUACCCAGGUUUGGGAUUUCGGAAAUAGUCAGCAGCGACAAUGGCCGAGCGUUUACGGCCAAUACGUGGAAAAAGAUUGCACAGGCGCUGUGCAUCAAGACUCGGUUCGGUUGUGUUUACCACCCGCAGAGUCAGGGAAUGGUCAAAAGAGCCAAUGACACGCUGAAAAACAUAAUUGCAAAGAUCGUCCAAAGCGCGCACGACGAUCCAAAUCUGCCAAACCUAAAUUGGGUUGACGCGCUACCAAUUGCACUGAUGAAAAUGCGCUGUGAAAAAAAUCGAACCACGCAUCUGACCCCGCACGAGAUGGUGAUGGGGCGGGCAAUGCCCACACCACGGUUCAGAGGGGAUCAGAGGCCCCGCUGGAAAUUCUAGAACAGGAAGUGAGCAGUUAUAUUAAACAGUUUUCUCAAGUUCACAGGGCAGUUUUCCAGGAGCAGAAAAGAAGAGAGAGAGCACGGGAGCGGAGGACCGAGCCAGGACCGAUCCAAAUGGGAGACUGGGUGUACCUGAGGGUGUUUAAGAGAUCGUGUCUCGACCCCAGGGCGGAGGGGCCCUACAGAGUGACCUAGGCUACCCCCAGGGCGGUAAGAGUGAAAGGAUCAGAUUUGUGGUAUCACCUUAACUCUUGUUACAGGGCGGUGCCACCAGAAGGAGCGAGAGGUCCAGAGGGGUCGGAGGACGUUGACGGGGACCAGAGCCCGCCAGGACCCCCACCAGACUCCCCCGGGGAGGAUAAUGGUGGUGGGGAACCCAGGGGAGGACCAAGUACGCGUAGGAGUACAAGGUGGAGGAUACUGCCGGCUCCUAUUGAUGGUCCUGGGCGCAAUGUACCUGGGGUGCCUGUUGUUCUCCCUCCCUUAUCUGUGCCUACAGGUGGUGGUAAUGCUGGGGCCCAGCCGGGCCCGAGGAGGGGAAGGCGACAUCCACCCGAGGUUGAGGCCACUCCCGAAUCCCAGGUAUCCAGACCUGCCCCAAUCACAGCCUCAACCAGCAGUGAUCCACCAGCCGGCCCUGCAGCCUACCCUCAUGCCACGGCCACACCCGACCCCGCAGGGAGUGACACCGAAGAAGCGCAGAGGCCAGAAGAAGAAGCACCGCCAUCACCGCCGCCACCACCACACCUACAAGGGUUCGAAACCAUCGACUUUGGGGAUCUCCUUGCCAACUGGGACUACCCCUAUCCAGUCAGCACCUCCGCCGACGACCAGAUUGGAAUACAGCCAUCUACCACCGACGAGCUUGCCGAAGUCCGAGACUUCAUCGACCACGCCAGGCCACUCCCGAAUCUCCUUACGCCUCCCCCCAGGACACCUCCUUAGCAAGGCUCGCGCGAGCCUGUGGAGAGGCCGACGGACUCAAGGCACACCACUGGCGGCCCCCACUUCGGGGACGACCGCCCAGGAACCAGCCAAGAAACAAGAAGAAUACUUCAAGGAGUCGGGCAGUACGGCUUUCCCGGCGCCGACUGGGCAGGGUACGAUGAGGCCCUCAACUGGCUUCCCUGACUCCAAGAAGACGACGAAAGCGACUGAUGGAGAGCAGACCGUCACCCCCAAUGACGCUCUGCGAGGAGACGGAGAGGAGCUGGUCAACGACAGUGCUUUAGACACGGACAAUGUUCUGUACAUAGGAGGAUCAGAAGAUGAUAUAUACACACCCGAACCAGAAGCAUCGGGGAGUAACGAGUACAUCCCGGUACUGGACAAUGCAAUGACUCAAAGCAAAAAUGAGAGUAAGAAUGUAAAUAGUACAAGCACGCUUCCCAAGACCCUGUCAAAGGGCCGGACUAAUGGGACUCAAGCCAAGAACAGGAACAGGAGAUCAACCGGCGCUCUGAGCACUCUGAGUUGUAAUUCGGUUUUAUGCUUACCUUGGUGAAUUAGACCAAUUUCAAAGCCAAUUUCGUUAGCACGUUAGCGCGGGAAAGCCAUAGUUGGGGGGAAAAAAAGUAAAACUACAUAGAAAUGAUAAAAAAUGGACAUUUAAGCCACACUACGAAUGGGGUGUGUAUAAAAUUGUGCAAACGUGUAUAUUUCCUUGAUAUUUCCUUAGUUAGAGAACAGUGCAGCUGCCGCUUGUUCAGGCUGCGCGGGAACUUGAGUAGCAGCUAGAGAGAGAUGCUCUCAGUAGGGAGAAUGAGAGCUCGCACUGGUUAUAUGUUGACUAACGUAAAGUAAAGCAUAAUGACGAGUAAAGCAUAAUGAUUUUAAUGUUUUAAUGUUAAUUGACUGUUACCAAGUGAUGAGUAAAGCAUAAUGACGAGUAAAGCAUAAUGGUUUUAAUGUUUUAAUGUUAAUUGACUGUUACCAAUGUCAGAUAUGGAUCCACUGCUGCCAGUGUUAGAGAUACUGGACACUAGCGUGCCAGUGGAGAGGCAAUAAUGCAUGCUACGGGCCUCAAAAGAGGCCAAGGCCGCGCAGGGCAAAAGCCUGAGUGUUAACAAGCUGCUGCGGGAGCCAAAGACGGCCUACAGAGAAGCAAAAAAGCGCUGUCACAUUGACAACCCUACGGAGGCCCAGUACCUGGGACAACUGGUUCUGACAUUCGGCUGGUACGUUGGGAGGAGCUUCAAGUGGCUGGUCGAGAAUGAUGUCGGCUACAUCAAAUAUGUUCUUGACCGCCACUUGGAGGAGACCCAGGACCCAAAGAGAAAAACUCCCAUCAAUGACGGGUGGCUGAAGGACAGCCUGAUGAGCUAUGUGACGCUGUUCCCCCCCGUCUCUUGUCACCUUGAGGUCAACGUGGAUCGGGCCAUUUACGGCCAGGGGCAGUUCAAAUCCUUCACCUUCCUUGAAAUGUGGAGCUGGUACAGCCUGCAUACACGCCACCAGGCUGACCCACAAGCUGGGAGUGAACAAGAAAGAAAGAAGGCGCGGGAUGCUCAUGCCGCUGUGAAGCAGUGGCUGCUU